AUGCCCAGAACAGCGCAAAAAGGAAAGCAGACGGUUGCGUGGGGAGUCGAACGGCGGGUGUCUAUGGUGAAAGAUGGAGUGAACAAUCCAACCAGCCGUAGCUACGAUUUGGCAGGCUUCGUACCUGUUCGCAUCCUGAACAAUAACAGUACACACAAGAGCGUUCCACUGUUGGGGCAUUUUGUAAGCCUAUCGCGUGACGAUUACGCGAUCAUUGUGUUGGAAAAGACGGCCUUCACUGAGGGGCAGCUGAAAAAUCAUAAGCGUCAUCAAACGAGCAUGGUGACGAAAGCUAAUUCUGACGACGUCACGACGAACUUGUCGGAAGAACAGACGGAAUUUGUUAAUGAUACCUACGGAAAUUUUUUGUGCGUUGCUGAUCCGGAAGUAAAUCAAAUCAAGGUGACAAUCAUAUAUCCCGCUACUGAGAGGCAUAUUGUGAAAUUUUCCGCCCAAAAAAGAUAUUUGGUGGAAGAAACUGCCCAAGAUUAUGAAACCGUGACAUUGCCUCAUAUACAAAAGGAGCAGCUAAGCUUAGAGUGGCUUUACAAUAUACUAGAGCAUCGGAAAGAGAAGGAUCGCAUAGUUUUUGAGGAUCCGUCAGAGGAAAUUGGCUUCAUAUUGUUGCCGGAUUUAGAAUGGGAUGGUAAAACAUUGGAACAACUUUAUCUACUCGCUUUAGUGCGCCAGCGAGGUAUCAAGUCAUUGCGGGAUCUAAACGCUACUCAUUUACCAUUGCUGAAAAAUAUUCAAACACGUGGCAUUGAAGCAAUUAAAACACGUUACGGAAUUAACGCUGAUCAACUACGAAUCUACAUUUACUAUCAACCCACAUUUUACCACCCACACGUGCAUUUCCCAUAUCUGAAGCACGACCCACCGGGUAUUUAUUGCGAGAAAAGUCACCUUCUAACAUCGGUUAUUGGGAAUAUCGAACUGCUACCAGACCAUUACCGGAAAGUGACACUCUCUUGCGUUUUAGGUGAAACUGAUAAACUGAAUGUCAAAUUUGAGGCAGCAAAGAGCAAACUGAAUGAACCAGAUGACACCACAACCAACCGAUGAGAACCUCUACUGCCAGACGCACCCUCCCGUUUCAAACCCCCUGUAGCCCGUCGCUGGAUUACGACAGCUGAACAGCACAUAUCUUCACGACGCAGCGCAUCAGGCGAGCAAGCAAUUGUUAAUUCUAAAUAAGGAAAAUGUCAUGUAUGAUAAUGUAAACUCAAAACGGUGCUACAGUUUUGAAUAACAGAAUUUCAUUUGCCAGAGAAAAAAAAAACAUAUUAUAAAAAAACAACGGUGUAUAUAGUUGCAUAAAAACGCGAGAAUAAUUGUAAUAAAAAAGAGAAAAACACACCUAUCGGCCGUCAGGACGGACCGUGUGACCAUUGUCUUUUCUAGAUAAUGGCCAACUAGGCGGAGUGGCAGAUGUGACGUCACACCCUGCGAAGA